AUGUCUCCUUCUUCCCUCUUGCUCAGCAACGCAAGUCAGAUGAGAGCGUUCAUUGUUGCCUACUUCGCAGUUCUCGGCUCGGCCAUUGCCCUGGCCAGUGCUGUCGAGUCCAUCAAAACCAGAGAAACGCGGGCUUGCCCACCCGCCGAUUUCACCCAUCUCACACUGUACCCUGCCAAAUCAGAGAAACUUAACCCUGCACCGCUACUCGAGCUGCGAUGGUGCACUGGCUACGCACCACAGGCUUCAGACUUUCCACAACGACCAGGCCAAUGCCUCUAUCCACUUCCUCUGGCGUCAUACAGGCAAAACAGGCACUUACAAAUACAAUCUUUUAUCGUUGGCGGUGCGGAUCAGCAAGGUACUUACAUCGAAUUCGAUGUCAGAUAUAUCUACAAAGGCCCUUCUAUCCCCUUCAUGAUUGUAGAGUCAGCAGUGAUUGCCGACAUCCCAUUUUUUGACGAGCCGAUCAAGUAUGUCAUUGAUAUUGGCGGAGUGCCUAGACCACACUAUACGGGCCCUAUCUCAGAUUGA